AUGGCAGAAACUGCUUCUCCACUGAAGCACUUCGUGCUGGCUAAGAAGACAAUUACAGCGAUCUUCGACCAGUUACUGGAGUUUGUUACUGAAGGAUCGCAUUUUGUUGAAGCAACAUAUAAGAAUCCAGAACUUGACCGAGUAGCUACAGAGGAUGAUCUGAUAGAAAUACAGAGGUAUAAAAACAAGCUUUCCAUCAUUGGUGAGGUGCUAUCUCGGAGACACAUGAAAGUGGCAUUUUUUGGCAGGACAAGCAGUGGGAAGAGCUCUGUUAUAAAUGCCAUGUUGUGGGAUAAAGUCCUCCCUAGUGGGAUUGGCCAUACAACCAAUUGCUUCCUGAGUGUUGAAGGAACUGAUGGAGAUAAAGCCUAUCUCAUGACAGAAGGGUCAGAUGAAAAAAAGAGUGUGAAGACAGUUAAUCAGCUGGCCCACGCCCUUCAUAUGGACAAAGACUUGAAAGCUGGGUGUCUUGUGCAUGUGUUUUGGCCAAAGGCAAAAUGUGCCCUCUUGAGAGAUGACCUGGUUUUAGUAGACAGUCCGGGCACAGAUGUCACUACAGAGCUGGAUACUUGGAUUGAUAAGUUUUGCCUAGAUGCUGAUGUCUUCGUUUUGGUUGCAAAUUCCGAAUCAACUCUAAUGAACACGGAAAAACAGUUUUUUCACAAGGUAAAUGAACGACUUUCCAAGCCUAAUAUUUUUAUCCUGAAUAAUCGCUGGGAUGCCUCUGCAUCAGAGCCAGAAUAUAUGGAAGAUGUACGCAGACAGCACAUGGAAAGAUGCCUGCAUUUCUUGGUGGAGGAGCUCAGAGUUGUGGAUCCUUUCGAAGCACGCAAUCGUAUCUUUUUUGUUUCUGCAAAGGAAGUUCUUAGUGCUAGAAAGCACAAGGCACAGGGGAUGCCAGAAGGUGGUGGGGCACUUGCAGAAGGAUUUCAGGCAAGAUUACAAGAGUUUCAGAAUUUUGAACAAAUCUUUGAGGAGUGUAUCUCGCAGUCAGCAGUGAAAACAAAGUUUGAACAGCACACUAUCAGAGCUAAACAGAUACUAGAAACUGUGAAAAACAUAAUGGAUUCAAUAAACGUGGCAGCAGCAGAGAAAAGGGUUUAUUCAAUAGAAGAGAGGGAAGACCAAAUUGAUAGACUGGACUUUAUCCGAAACCAGAUGAACCUUUUAACACUGGAUGUUAAAAAAAAAAUCAGGGAGGUUACAGAGGAGGUUGCAAAUAAGGUUUCAUGUGCGAUGACAGAUGAAAUUUGUCGACUCUCUGUUUUGGUUGAUGAAUUUUGUUCUGAGUUUCAUCCUACUCCAAGUGUAUUGAAAGUAUAUAAAAAUGAGUUAAAUAAGCACAUAGAAGAUGGAAUGGGAAGAAAUUUGGCUGAUCGGUGCACCAAUGAAGUCAACGCUUCAAUGCUUCAAUCCCAGCAAGAAAUUAUUGAAAAUUUGAAGCCAUUACUUCCAGCUGGUAUUCAGAAUAAACUGCAUACACUGGUUCCUUGCAAGAAAUUUGAUCUUAGCUAUGACCUAAAUUGCCACAAGUUAUGUUCAGAUUUUCAAGAGGAUAUUGUAUUUCGUUUUUCUCUGGGCUGGUCUUCUCUUGUCCAUCGUUUCUUGGGCCCUACAAAUGCUCAGCGGGUGCUUCUAGGAUUAUCAGAACCUAUCUUUCAGCUCCCCAGAUCUUUAGCUUCCACUCCCACUGCUCCUUCCAACCCAGCAACGCCAGAUAAUGCAUCACAGGAAGAACUCAUGGUUACCCUAAUAACAACAUUAGCCUCUCUCACAUCUAGAACGUCUAUGGGCAUCAUUGUUGUUGGAGGAGUGGUUUGGAAAACUGUAGGUUGGAAACUCAUAUCUGUUUCAUUAAGUAUGUAUGGAGCUUUGUAUCUUUAUGAAAGGCUCACUUGGACCACCCAUGCCAAGGAGAGAGCCUUUAAACAGCAGUUUGUGAAUUAUGCAACUGAAAAACUGCAAAUGAUUGUUAGCUUCACAAGCGCGAACUGCAGCCAUCAAGUACAACAGGAGAUGGCAACCACCUUUGCUCGCCUGUGCCAACAAGUUGAUAUUACACAAAAACAUCUAGAAGAAGAAAUUGCUAGAUUAUCCAAAGAAAUAGAUCAAUUGGAGAAAAUACAAAACAAUUCAAAGCUCUUAAGAAAUAAAGCUGUUCAACUUGAAAACCAGCUGGAGAAUUUUACUAAGCGGUUUCUACAUUCAAGCAGUGAAGAAUCUUAA